CACAUGUUUUAAUGCUUGUUCUACAUUUGUCAUGUCACAUGUUUUAUACGUGUUCAAUAGUUAGUGUAAUAGAUCGUAAUACUAUAUAUAAAACUCGAGUCACUUGUUUAUCUUCUUACCAGAUUACAUGUGCAUUUGGCUUGUAUAUUUGGUGUGCUGGUGCUGAUCCAGCAGAUGCAGGGGUUUUCAAGUCCAGAAAGUAUUGUAAAACCCCCAACAGCCAAACAAAUUCUAGAAAAGAAGGGUCAAACCAUGGUGGAGAAUCGCUAACUAAAGACGCAAAUGAUGAGAGGUCUAAAGCCGUAAAAGCCACGUUGUCACCGUCUUGUUUAAUGGUUGUUUUGUGUCUGAUUCCUCGUGCUCUCACGUAUCAUUGUUCGAGUUCAGAAGAGGAGUCUUCUCAACACCAAACAAGUGAAGAUGGCAUGUUUUACUGCAGUUUGUGCGAGGUUGAGGUUUUCAAGUACAGCAAGCACUGCAGAGUAUGUGACAAAUGUGUCGAUCGAUUUGAUCAUCAUUGCAGGUGGCUCAAUAACUGUGUUGGGAAGAAAAACUAUAAGAAGUUCUUCACACUUAUGGUCUCUGCUCUUCUCGUACUUAUACUACAAUGGUCAACCGGGAUUGUUGUAUUGAUAAGUUGCGCCAUCGACCACAAGAGAUACAAAUCUGAAAUAGCUUCAAAGUUAGGAAGCAAUUUCAAAUUAGCUCCUUAUGUUGCAGUUGUGGCAGUAUGCACGAUUUUGGCGAUGAUUGCAACGCUACCGCUUAUCCAGCUCUUCUUCUUUCACCUUCUUCUCAUAAAGAAGCACAUAGAUUAUAUCAGAGCAUUAAGGGAGCAGGAGCAACAAGGAUUUGGGGGCCCACAAAGUCCUCAAACGUCGCCAGCUAUCUCGCUCACGGGUUUCAGCAGUGUCAGUUCUUUCAAUACUUUCCGCCAAGGCGCGUGGUGUACUCCUCCACGUCUGUUCGUUGAAGAUCAUUAUGAUGUGGUCCCACCUGAGACCAGUUCAGUUAGCUCACUAGGGAAAAAGACACUUGAUGACCCCAUCAAGAAAAAGAAUUCCACAGUCGUGAAGAUCAGCCCAUGGACCUUAGCCCGUUUAAACGCAGAAGACGUCUCAAGAGCCGCAGCAGAGGACAACAAAAGAUUGCAAAAAUGAGUAAAAACAUGCUUUGAAAGAGACACAAUUCAGACAUGUGGAUGCUUUAGUUAUACAUGUUGUCGAUGAUCUUAGUUUCUAAUAGUUUUACAUGUAAAAUAAACCAGGAGAAUCGUAAAUUCAUAUAAGAGACAUGGAUUCUUAAGUAAUACAUGUUUUACAUGCCA